AUGAUUUCUAUAAAAUAAAACUUUUUUAACUUAAAAGAGUUUUCUGUAUCAGACUUUAAAAAUCUAACACAUCUUCAGCUAAAAUUUGAUAAUUAAUAAAUAGGUAAUUAAGAAGCUUCAAAUCUGGGUAGUUUAUUACAAUUUUGCAUUAAUUUAAAAGAUUUAUGCAUAACUUUAAAAUCAAAUUUAAUUGAAGACAAAGGUAUCUCUGACUUAACUUUCAGUUUUUAGCUCUUUGAGAGUCUAACAACUUUGGUCCUUCAAUUAAAUUAUAAUAAAAUUGGAUCUUAAGGAGCAUCAAAUCUAGGUAUUAAUUUAAGCAAAAUUAGAAAUUUAAAUUAUUUAGAUAUUAACCUGAGGUCAAAUAAUAUUAAUGAAAAUGCAAUUAAAGGUUUAUUUUAGGGAUUAGAAUUAUGUAAAAACUUGAGUGCUUUAGUCAUUAAUUUAAGCUACAAUAAAAUUAAUCCUGUAGGAGCUGCUUAUUUAGGAAAAGGAUUAGCAAAUAUUAAGAAUCUCAUCCACUCUGAUAUUGAUUUAAGUUAUUGCAAUAUAAAUUAAUAAGGAGCUUCAGAUUUUGGAUUUGAAUUAGGAAAAUGUAUCAAUCUAAAAACCUUAAUCUUAGAUUUAUCAGGAGGACAAAACUUAAUCAGCGAUACAGGUACUUCUUGUCUUUGUAGUGGAUUAUCAAACUGUUUAAAUUUAACAAUCUUAAAGCUAGAUUUAAGGUCUAAUAAAAUUAACUCAAAAGGGAUUUUAGAUAUUGGAAAUAAAUUAAAAAAUGCUUUACACCUCAGUUUCCUUUAAGUUGUAUUGAUAAACAAUCCUAUUCAUAAUGAUGAAAAAAGAGUAUUUUCUAAGAAAAUCUUAAAAUUUUUAAGAUUAGUAAAAAAAUAGAUUAAAUUUUAUUGA